AUGCAGUCGCCUGGGCAAUCUUCCUAUCAUUCUGGAAACGACUCUGGCAAGGGCGAAUCUAUUCCGACUCAAAACUACCCGGGAAACUCCUACAACUUCCCAGCGCCGCCACCAGCAGUUGGUUACAAUACUCAGCCGCAAGAAAUUGGGGAUGAAGAGUGGAUGGGCUCGCUUCUUCGGCAAAAUAAUAAUCAAAUCCAAGAAGGAGCCGCAACAGAUACCUUCAUCGCCGCGCCAAUGAGCAAGUCGAGCUCUUCAAAGCUGAUCUACUCUCCUCCUUCUUCCCAAAGCUAUCAAAGUCUCAGCCGCCGCGGCAAUAACAACCCUCACCGACCUCAUUUCUCCACUUUUCUGGACGAAGAAGAAGUCCGCUCUGAAACCAGUUCGAUCAGCGUCGCCUUGCUCAACGGGCACAUGUCUCCUCAUUACGACUCCGACAUUGCCAGCAACGCCGGAACUCUCAACAGAAAUCAGAACAAUCGAAUUCAAUACACUUACCCCUCGCCACAAGAGAGGGAUGAAGCCAACUAA